AUGGAGCUUUGCAAAGAGAAACAGGUGCUCAAGGUGAGUAAGACCAAUGUAGAGUUAGAGUUGGAGAGCUAUCUGGAGAUGGAGAGGGCUCAAGCCCAGGAGCUCAAGGACAAAUUGAGGAAGAUGGAGGAGGCUCUCCAAAAACAGGAGGAAGAGGCCAAGGAGAGACUGGAAAGAUCCCAGGCUUCCCUUAGAGCCCAGCUGGAUCAGGCUCUGGCUCAACGUGUCCCCUGCCCACCCAGGGAAACAGAGCAUCUGAAAUCCCAGAUGGGAAAAAUCAGCAACAGGCUGCGAAAAGCCCUAAAAGAUCUGGACCUUCAGUUCUUCGUUUCCGAAGACCUGAAAGUGGAAUUGGAGCAGGUGAAGGGAGAGAAGGAGGCCCUUGAAAAGGAGGUGGAGACUCAGAAGAUGCUCAAGGUAAGUCAGACCAACGUGGAGUUAGAGUUGGAGAGCUGUCUGGAGAUGGAUAUGGCUCAAGCUCACGAGCUAAAGGAUAAACUGAGCAAGAUGGAGGAAGCUCUCAGAGAACAAGAGGAGGAGGCAAAAGAGGUACAGGAAAGAUCUCAGGCUGCCCAUAGAGCCCAGCUGGAAAUGCAGGACCAGAACAACAAAAACCUCAUGGCUGCUCUGAAGAAGUUUGAACAGCAGCUGGAGAGUCAUCUCAACGAGUGGAAGGAGGACAAGUCAUCCCUCCUUCAGGCCACAGAAAGCCUGAAGUUGACUCAGCAGGAGAAGGAGCAGGAGUGGGAGAGGACAGAGAGCUCCAUGAGGUCCCAGCUAGAAGAUCUUGAGAGCCAGAUGAUGAAAAAGCAGAAGAGGAAGAAGUGGUACAGGAAGCUUCUGCCUGGGUGA